CAUACAAACACACACAGAUGUGUCUCCAUGUUGACGUCCACAUGGAUCUCUGGAUGUAUUGAGUGUAUCCUCCUCUUGGAGUCAGAACAAUGGCUGUAAUGUGUCCGGUGUGACGCUGUAGUUCGUGUGUCUGCCGCUGGGGGCGCUGCUGCUUCACUUUCCGUCCGUUGCAGCGUCAGAUGCGUCAAACCACGUCGCACACGACACCGGAAGAAAGGGGCUUUAUUCAAAGUAAAAGCACGGCAUUCUCGUUUUUGUUUUCAUAUGUCGAAUAAAAGUACGUGAGUCAAAGUAAUACCUGAUGGUACUGCUGUACGUCAUCCUGUAUGUCAUAUCACACUGUGUCCCUGACGGAAGGUGUUUUAAAAAAGAAAGAAACUAAAGAACUGAUUCUCACCCGGAGAGCCUCCUAGUCUUAUUCUGAAAGUCCUGUCCGGAAGUGUGCACGUCGUUGCCGCAUGCGGUCUUGACGCUCGUCUGACUCGUGAAGCCGCUUCUUCGUGUCUCCGCAGCGGCGGAGGAAUAAGAUGCGGAACCGGAGCCCGAGGCCCGGAUCAGCCCCGAACCAGAACCCGAGGCAGGCUCCCAGAACCAGAACCAGAACCAGAACCCUCCCCCCCUCCUCCUCCUCCUCCUCCUCCGGACAGCAUGACGGCGGAGCGGCGUGCGGCAGCGCGGAGCGGCGGCCGCUGAGAGGAGCGAUGAGCGCGGAGGGAAGCGGAACGAUCCGCAGCCGCAUCAAGAGUCUGCUGAGAGCUCCGUCCAUCCAGCUGAGGAGAGCCAGACACAGACAGCAGCUCCGGGAGGAGGUGACCUUGGAGAAGGUUCUGGGCAUCACAGCUCCAGGAAACCGAGCGCUGGCCUGCGACCCCCGAACCGGACUGUUGGCUUAUCCCGCCGGGUGUGUCGUCGUCUUGUUGAAUCCUCGGAAGAACAAACAGCAUCACAUCUUCAACAGCUCCAGGAAGGCCAUCACCACGUUGGCGUUUUCUCCAGAUGGGAAGUACGUGGUCACGGGAGAAAGUGGUCACAUGCCGGCGGUUCGAGUCUGGGAGGUGUCGGAGCGUGUGCAGGUGUCUGAGCUUCAGCAGCAUAAAUAUGGCGUCUCCUGCGUGGCGUUUUCUCCCAACAGUAAAUACAUCGUCAGCGUUGGAUACCAACACGACAUGAUGGUCAACGUAUGGAACUGGAAGAAAAACGUUGUGGUUUCAGCCAACAAGGUUUCCAGUAAAGUGACGGCCGUCUCCUUCUCAGACGACAGCUCCUACUUUGUUACCGCCGGCAACCGCCACGUCAAGUUCUGGUACCUGGACCACGCCAAGACCUCCAAGGUGAACGCCACCGUCCCUCUGCUGGGGCGUUCAGGGCUGCUGGGAGAGCUCAGGAAUAACUUCUUCAGUGAUGUGGCGUGUGGGCGGGGCCGACAGGCCUCCUCCACCUUCUGCAUCACUUCCUCCGGGCUGCUGUGUGAGUUCAACGACCGGCGGCUCCUCGACAAGUGGGUGGAGCUGAGGGCGUCUCAGGCCACCUGUCUGUCCGUCACAGACGAGUUGAUCUUCUGUGGUUGUUCUGACGGGACGGUUCGAGCUUUCAGCCCCGUCAACCUGCACUUCCUGUGCACUUUGCCCCGCCCACACUGUCUGGGAGCGGACAUUGCCAGCAUGGUGGACGCCAGUCAGCUGUUCUCCUCCCGCCCGGAGGCUCGAUACCCGGACACGGUGGCCGUGACCUACGACCCCGCCAGCCGCUGGCUGUCCUGCGUCUACAACGACCACAGUGUUUACGUGUGGGACGUCCGCGACCUCCGUGACCCCCGCAGGGCGGGAAAACUCUACUCCGCCCUCUACCACUCCUCCUGUGUGUGGAGCCUGGAGGUGUACCCAGAAGAAGGAGGAGGAGGAGGAGGGGCACAUCUCCCCCCCGGGUCGUACCUGUCCUGCUCAUCUGACAACACCAUCCGACUGUGGAACACCGACGGCCACAAGCUCCUCACCAGGAACAUCCUGAGCCAGGACCUACAGAAGGUCAUUUACGUGGAUGACAACGUCAGCACCCUCCUGGACCCGGACAGCGCCACCGUCACCGGUGGAACCUCGGAGAAGGCGGGGUCCUCGGCCUCAGACGGGCAGCAGACCGACCAGAGCAGGGCGGGCAUUAGGACCCUGAGAGUCAGUCCUGAUGGACAGCACCUGGCCUCUGGAGACCGCAUGGGAGUCCUCAGGAUCCAUGAUCUGGACGGGAUGGAGGAGAUCCUGAAUGUUCAGGCUCACGACUCAGAGAUUCUCUGCCUCGAGUUCUCCAAACCAGAUACUGGUCUCCAGUUGUUAGCCACAGCCAGUCGUGACCGUCUGAUCCACAUCCUGGAUGCCGGUAGAGACUACAGUCUGGUUCAGACUCUGGACGAACACUCGUCCUCCAUCACUGCCGUCCGGUUCGCUGCCAAUGAGGGGAAGGUGAGGAUGAUCAGCUGUGGAGCCGAUAAGAGCGUCUACUUCCGCACCGCUCAGCAGAUGGAGGAUGGGUUACAGUUCACUCGUACUCAUCAUGUUGUGAGGAAGACGACUCUGUAUGACAUGGACGUGGAACCAACCAGGAAGUACGCAGCAGUGGGCUGUCAGGACCGCAGCAUCAGGAUCUUUAACAUCAGUAACGGUAAACAGAAGAAGAUGUAUAAAGGCUCUCAGGGAGAGGACGGGACUCUCAUUAAGGUGCAGAUCGACCCGUCAGGUCUCUACAUCGCCACUUCCUGUUCGGAUAAGAACAUCAGUAUAUUUGACUUCUACUCCGGAGAAUGUGUGGCCACCAUGUUUGGACACUCAGAGAUAGUCACCGGUCUGAAGUUCAGCAGUGACUGCAGACAUCUGAUCACAGUGUCUGGAGACAGCUGUAUCUUCGUGUGGCGUCUCAGUCCAGAGUUAACCAUCAGGAUGAGGCAGCGACUCGCUGACCUUCGACCUCCCAGCAGCACUCAGACCUCCCAGAAUGCACCUCAGCAAAAAGUGGUGAACCUAAGCCGGGAGGCGUCUACUCCGCGUGUCGUCAACAUGUCGUCUGACAGCGAUAAGGAGGAGGAAGACGAGGAGGAGGAGGAGGGCAGGAGUCCUUUUAUGGUCACAGCAGGAUGCCUGGAGGAGGAGGAGGAGGAGACAGAAAUAUCUGAUGAGAAGUUUGACUCUCAGCGCUGCAGAGACGGAAGGAAGGACGCGUCGGGGCGCCUCCCUCGCCGCCGGUGGUCCAGGAGGACGACCAGCGACGGCGUCCUGACGGUGAAGUCCAUGUUGGACCUGAGACUGCUGGACUCGUACUGUCCUGACAGACAGGUGGACCAGCAGGCGGAGCCAGAGGUGAAGACACGCCCCGCUGAUGUUAGCCCCUCGCCCUGUUGCCAGAGUGGGGUGGGCCAACGUGUGGGGGUGGGGCUUCACCGGACCAAUCAGGAGCUGGGGAGCACCAUGAGUCUGCAGGUCAACACUGCAUGGGCAGAGGACAGCGAGGCAAGGACCAAUCAGAGGCCAGACUUCAUCUCGCUGUCCAACCGGAGUCCAGACAGCGAGGCUGAGGUGCUGUAUCCCGACCAAUGGGAGGACAGAGUGAGCUUGGCAGGAAGUGAGUUCCAGGUGAAGGAGGCGUGUCCUGCUGCAGGUGGACGUCAGGACAAACCCAGUCCAGACAGCGGCUGCUCACUGGGAUUCAGCUCCAGACUGUCCAGUCCAGUCAGACCUGCAGGAGACGACUCGGAGCCUACAGAGCCUCUCAGUGUGGAUGGAAACUCCUCCGAGCUGGAGAUGGAGGAGGACGAAGAGGAGGGAGCAGGAGGAGGAGGAGCAGGAGGAGGAGGAGGAGCAGGAGGAGGAGGAGAGGUCACGACCUCUCAGCUCGUCCCUCAGACUCCAGACCAGGAGGCCUUCCUGAAGGAACACUUUGUCACCCUGGCCGACCUCUCAGGAUCAGGAAGUCCCAGCAAAGCGUCCCACAGCUCCAGUGAGAGUCUCAGCAUGUCCUCCAGGUUCCUCUCCCAGAAUCCAGCUGGAAGUCGGAACGUGGUUCCUCUCCCAUGUCGGACCACCGGAGGAGGAGGAGGAGGAGGAGGAGGAGGAGGAGGAGGAGGAGAGGUGAAGGCCCGACCUCUGGUCUCAGAGGUCCGCCCUCUGAUGGAGGAGAACCAGAACCGGAGCCAGGACAGGAGGGUGUCAUGGAACCAGGACCAAACCCAGAAACACAACCAGGACCAAACCUCCUCAGUUCUCGACCAGGCACAGUCCCAGAACAGGAUCAACCAGGACCAGCCUCUUCUAGUCCAGAACCAGAACCAGCAGGGUCCAGAUCAUCUCCAGAUGGGGGAGGAGACCUCCUGGGCCCAGCAGACCCACCGGCCCUCCCCACUGAAGAAGAAGGUCCAAACCGCGGUGGAGUUCAGGAGGAACCUGGGCCCGACGGCCCGAGCCGCCGCCUCCCAUCUGAACUCCUCCUCCGGACUUCGGAAGGCUCAGUCAGUCCAAAACCUGCUGACGGACUCAGGUGACUCCUCCCUCUCCACCUCUUGUCCAUCCAGAGAGGUCCAGAUGCUCCUCCCCCUGCAGCGGCCCACCACCCUCCCCUCCUCCCCUAGACGCCCCCUCCGUAGCCCCUCCCCCUCAGAGACCCAGCCCCGCCUCCCCAGGUCCCCCCAACAGGAAGUAGCCGCCUCCAUCUCUGCUACAGCUUCGUCAGCCGUCACCACCCCGAGGAAGUCCUCCUCCUCCUCCUCCACUCCGGCGGCGUCGCGCUCCUACAUGAGUCCCACCGCCAGCUCCAUGGCCAAGAUGUCACGCUCCGUCUCCGUGGGCGACGGCCUCAACCUCUCAGAAUCCGGCGAGGACCCCCCAGUGACAUCAUCAUCAUCAUCAUCAGGGUCGACGGUUACCCCCUCCUCUCAGGUCAAAGACACGCCCCCUCCUCUUGUUGCCGUGGUGCCCUCCAACGCAGCUCUGGCCACGCCCCCCCACGCCACCGUUGUUCCCGUCGUUGUCGCCUCCUCCUCGUCUCUGGGUAACCAUGGUAACCAGGCGGCCCCUCCCCCCCGCGGCCUCCAGGCUCGGGUCCCCGGCAGCAGCCGACCGCUCCCGGACAAGCCCUCCAUCGCCUCCCUGUCCUCCUCCUCGUCACGGCCUCCUCCGGUCUCCGUCUCUCCCCUGACUCCCCCCCGGCAGGGGGAGGAGCCUCAGACUCCUGCAGGCGGCAGAAGUGUGGAGCUGAGAGACGACACAGACCAGCCAAUCAGUGUGGAGACCUGCAGAGCUCUGACCAAUGAGCUGCAGAGCUGCUUCAAGAGAGCAACACACCUGUACAGGAAGGUGAGCGGCUCCUCCCACGAUGACUCCACCCCCGACCAGCGUCAGAUGGCUGUCGUCCUAUCGGAGGCCUUCCAGGCCAUGAGGGCGGAGCUGGACUGUCUGCCGCUGAGCGUGCCGAGCAUGCUGGGAGUGGAGGGGGGGGUGAAGACGGUGGCUCUCCUGGAGGAGUACUCUCUGCUGCUGCUGCAGGCCGUCCACCGCAGGGUCAACGCCACGGAGGCUCCUCACUGAUGCUCUUCAUCCUCCUCCUCUUCCUCCUCCUCCACUUCCUGUCCACCUCCUCUUCAUCCUGUCAUUUUUCUUGCUCUCCAUCUUUCUUUUCUUCUUCUCUCUCAUCCCCUCGUCCUCUUACUCGUCUUCCUCCUUUACUUUCUUCUUUUUAUCCUCAUCAGUUUGAUCGUGUCUUCUGUUUUUUCAUGCAUCUUCCUUUUACUUCCCUCUUCCUCCUCUUCCUCCUCCUCCUCUUCCUCUUCUUCAGAGAUGAAGGAUCUGAAGCCAUUUUAAAUUUGUCUGAACUUUUUUUUAUUGUUAUGCAAGAAUCUCUCUGGUCUUAAAGGAGCGACGCGUCGAAACCUUUGAAGUUUUUUAGAAACUGAACGACUGAGGUCGUUUUUUAAAGACGUUUUUUAUUUUUCAUUCUGGUCUGUUUGGGCGGAAUCACUAAUGUUUGGAUUCAUUAUGAAUUAUUGUUGUAGAAACGUGGAUGUUAGACUGUAGAGACUUUUUAAAGGAGCAAACAGCAAUAUGAGAUGUUUUUGACACCUAUUUGAACAAACUUUAUUGUUCUUUUGUUUGAUGUAUAUUUGGUUCCUGAGUUCACUUGAACAGAUUUUUGGUUUCUUCUGCUGAUGUUUCACUUUAACCGUCGGACUACUGAAGGAGGAGAGCGUUUUUAUAACUGUUACUAAAGCAACACCUUUAGAGCUCGUUGGGUUUAAACUUUAACUUCAUGUUUUUGUCAAAAUUGAA